GUGCAACUGUACCAAUCGUCGAUUGGAAACGCGGGAAAAUAAGGUGGCAAUGUGGGCGGAGGCACAACCGUCUGAAUGAUUACCGGUGUCCUCUUUGUAUAGUGUUGCAAAGUUGGUGUAGGUCGAGAAUCUCGUUACAAAGAUCUAAUUGGUCUCGUGGAGCUAUUUAUCCUUCUACAGGUUCAUCAGAAAUCGGGCGAUUUACCAUAAUGGAUAGCAAGAAAAGGAAUUAUGGUGGAUUCCAGGGACCAAAUAAGAAAAGCAGAAAUGUCUCUGCCGACGAUGAUUAUCCUGGAUCGUUUGCUGAUGAAUUGGCAUACAUGGAUCAGUUGGAAUCUGAGAGUCAAGAAUUUACUGAAUCUUCGGAAUUGUUGGGAGUGGGUCCAGAAACUGGUCAAACUAGUGCAAGAUGGAGUCGUCCUCCUGUUCCUCCUUUGGAGCCACAGAAAGAUAUGUUAGUCUUUCAGCAAAUAGACAUCGAUCAUUAUACAGGUGUUCCAAUGGCAGGUAUGCCUGGUGCACAGCAGGGGCCUGUACCUGUUAUGAGGAUGUAUGGAGUGACAAUGGAGGGUAAUUCUGUGUGUUGCCAUGUCCAUGGAUUUUCACCAUAUUUCUUUGUUUCUGCUCCAGAUGGUUUUACAGAUAAACAUUGCCAUGAAUUCAAGGAAGCUUUAAACAGUGCUAUGUUAGCUGAUAACUACAUUGCACGAGACAAAGUACCUGUAGCUGUCUUAGCAGUGGAAAUUGUCAAAAAGCAAAAUAUGGUUGGCUAUCGGGGAGAGGACCUGGCAAUUUUUAUUAAAGUCACUGUCACCUUGCCUAGGCACAUAGCCGGUGCUAAACGUCUACUGGAGAGGGGAAUUUCCUUCUCCAGUCUGCCUCCUCACAGUUAUCAGUUCUUUGAAUCAAACAUUGAUUUUGAUAUUCGUUUCAUGGUGGAUGCAGAAGUUGUUGGUUGUAGUUGGGUUGAAUUACCAGCUGGUGUGUGGAGAUUACGGUCAAAGACUGACAUGAAGUCUCGUUGUCAGAUUGAAGUUGAUGUUGCAUGGGAUAAAUUUAUUUCCCAUGCCCCUGAAGGGGAAUGGAGUAAAGUAGCACCCUUUCGAAUACUUAGUUUUGAUAUUGAAUGUGCCGGGCGAAAAGGUAUAUUUCCUGAGGCCCUACAAGAUCCUGUUAUUCAAAUAGCAAACAUGGUUAUUAAUCAAGGAGAUCAUGAACCAUUCUUAAGAAAUGUGUUCACAUUAGACACUUGUGCACCUAUAGUUGGAUGUCAAGUGUUAAGUUUCAAAGAAGAAAGGGAUAUGCUUGAGAAAUGGGCUGAUUUUGUUAGAGAAGUUGACCCUGACUUAUUUACUGGUUACAACAUUAAUAACUUCGAUUUUCCAUACUUGCUUGACAGGUCAAAACAUCUUAAUGCAAAAAACUUCCACUUUUUGGGUAGAAUAAAAGACAUCAAAUCUGUGGUCAAAGAGCAGAUUUUACAAAGCAAACAAAUGGGUCGGCGAGAAAACAAGAGCGUCAAUAUGGAAGGACGUGUUCUGUUUGAUUUGCUUUUAGUACUAGUGAGAGAUUACAAGCUUCGGUCCUACACAUUGAAUGCAGUGAGUUUUCACUUCCUUCAAGAGCAAAAGGAAGAUGUGCAUCAUAACAUCAUUUCAGAUUUGCAAAAUGGUGAUCCUCAAACUAGGCGCAGAUUGGCUGUGUAUUGUCUCAAAGAUGCAUACCUGCCUCUUCGUCUACUGGAUAAACUAAUGUGCAUUAUUAAUUAUAUGGAAAUGGCUAGGGUGACUGGUGUUCCCCUAUCUUGCUUGCUGACCAGAGGUCAGCAAAUAAAAGUAGUUUCACAGCUUUUGCGUACAGCCAAGCCCAAGGGAUACUUAAUGCCGGCCUAUUCAAGCGGUAUUCAGGAAGAACAGUAUGAGGGAGCUACUGUCAUAGAGCCAAAGAAGGGCUAUUAUAGUGAUCCAAUAGCUACUCUUGAUUUCAGCUCUCUGUAUCCUAGUAUUAUGAUGGCUCACAAUUUGUGCUACACCACUCUACUUCCUUCUGGGAUGAAAGAGAAAUUGAGUUUGACCCAGGAUCAAUUCACAAAAACUCCUGCUGGAAAUUUUUUUGUUAAAGCACCUGUUCGUAAAGGGUUACUUCCCGAGAUUUUAGAAAAUUUACUAAGUGCUAGAAAGAGGGCUAAAGCAGAUUUGAAGAAAGAAACUGACCCAUUCAAACAAAAAGUUUUGGAUGGAAGACAAUUGGCUCUGAAAAUCAGUGCUAAUUCUGUGUAUGGUUUUACUGGUGCCCAAGUUGGAAAAUUGCCAUGUUUGGAAAUUUCUGGCAGUGUUACAGCUUAUGGCAGAACCAUGAUUGAACAAACUAAACAAGAAGUUGAAUCCCAUUAUAAUGUUUCGAAUGGUUAUAAGAAUGAUGCGGUGGUUAUUUAUGGUGAUACUGAUUCUGUCAUGGUUAAAUUUGGAGUAAAAACUUUGGAAGAAGCAAUGGAAUUGGGUCGAGAAGCUGCAGAAUUUGUUACUGAGAAAUUUGUAAAACCUAUCAAACUAGAAUUCGAAAAAGUAUAUUAUCCUUAUUUACUAAUCAACAAAAAGCGAUAUGCAGGUUUGUAUUUUACUCGUCCAGACAAGUAUGAUAAAAUGGAUUGUAAGGGUAUUGAGACAGUGAGAAGAGACAAUUCACCUCUUGUUGCCAAUAUGAUGAAUACAUGCCUUCAAAAACUCCUUAUAGAUCGAGAUCCUCAAGGUGCAAUGGAAUAUGCAAAACAAGUUAUUUCAGACCUACUUUGUAACAGAAUUGAUAUAUCACAGUUAGUUAUUACAAAAGAAUUGACAAAAUCCGAUUAUGCUGCUAAACAAGCUCAUGUCACACUUGCAGAAAAGAUGAAAAAAAGAGAUGCAGGGACUGCACCAAAAUUAGGAGAUAGAGUCCCGUAUGUAUUGACUGCUGCUGCUAAGAACACUCCAGCCUACAUGAAAGCAGAGGACCCAAUAUAUGUUCUAGAGAACAAUAUUCCUAUAGAUUCCACUUAUUAUUUAGAAAAUCAACUUUCAAAACCUCUCUUGAGAAUAUUUGAACCUAUUUUGGGUGAUAAAGCAGAAUCCCUUCUUCUGAGAGGAGAUCACACACGUAGUAAGACUGUUGUGACUUCGAAAGUUGGUGCACUCUCUGCUUUCACUAAAAGAAAAGAAACUUGCAUUGGAUGCAAAGCAGUGUUGCAUACCAAUGGAGCGCUGUGUUCUCAUUGUUCGUGUCAAGAAGCCAAGUUGUACCAGCAAGAGUUAUUCCGUUUCCGUGAACUAGAGAACAAGUUUUCUCGUCUUUGGACCCAAUGUCAACGGUGUCAGGGAAGUUUGCAUGAGGAGGUUUUGUGCACCAGUCGAGAUUGUCCGAUUUUCUACAUGAGAAAGAAAGUACAAAUGGAUUUAGUGACCCAAGAUAAAGUAGUACAACGAUUUGGCAACCCAACUUGGUGACCAAGAUGUGUAAAAAGGAAUUCUUCAGGACAUUAAAUAAAUAUGAUUGGGGGAAAGAAAAAAAAAGUUUUUAAACAUCCUAUUACUUACCCAAUCUGUAUUGUCUGUAUAUAUAUUGUACAAAUGUUUUCUGUUGUUUUUCUAGAUAUUUCAAUAAAAUAAUUAAAUUAAUAUAUUCUAUGGAAUUUAUUUAGUGCUAACAAUUUGUAUAAACCUUUUUAUUAUUUAUUUGUUCAGUCUCAGGCAAUCGCCAAAUUGUUAUGUAAUACAUCAGUUUGUGUAAUGAGAUAACAAUAGAUAAAAUUCUUACUGUUGGGACAAGACAAUAAAGUUCUUUUUGGGUUGUUAUAAAAGUGUAUUGAUGUGUU